AUGGAUGAUUUCACCCAUGAAGUACAAGAAAUUUCUUUAAAUAACCAAAAUAAUGAAGAUGAAGAAGAAGAAAUAGUUGAAGAGAAAUUUGAAAGAUUUCAAUCACCUCAUAAUAGUAAUACUAAACAAUAUUCUCAACUAAUUCAUCAGCCUUAUUCUACUUUAAAUCAUAAUAAAGCUAUAAAUUCACAUCCUUAUCAACAUCAUCCACAUCAUCAACAUCAUCAUUAUCAUCAUCAUCAUGCAAUAUGGAAAGGAAGACAACAUAAAUAUCAUGAAACAUGUAUAAAAUUAAUAUAUUUAACAUGUGCUACAAUUAUUACAACAUGUUUUAUUAUUGAAUGUAUAUUAAUACAUUUAGUUAUAUUACCAUGUCGUCAUGAAUCUGGAUUUUUACCAACUAAUUGUACUUAUAUUGAAUCAAAAUUAAUAUCAUCAUCAGUUAAAUGUGAAAAUAAAUGUUCAAAAGAUCGUUCAAGUUUUCAAUGUAUACGUAUAUUAAUUAAAUAUUCUAGAUUAAAAGAAAAUUUUACAGCAAGUUUAUAUGAUAAUAUAGCAACAUAUCAAUAUUAUCAUUCACUUGGUUGUGCUACCAGUUCAUGUCAUCGUCAGAAUUCAGCAAACCAUGAAUGGGUACAAAAUUUUUGUCAAUUAAUAAAAAAUACUGUACAAUUUACAUGUUAUGUACAUGAAGAUCAUAUUAAUGAAGCUUUAUUACAUAAAUUCUAUGGACCAUCCACAAUGUUUGAUACAUUAUUUUGGCCAUUAAUAUUAUUAUUUGUUUCAGGUUUAUGCUUAAUUAUUACAUGGUCAUUUGAUAGAUGUCAUGUAUGGCAUGAUGAGAAAACAAUAAUUGCAUAA